UCUAAAAAAAGUUUAAUUUAAUUGAAUCACAAUGUUCGUCUUGCUAGCAGCCAUAGCUAUUGCAUCCCUUAGGACUUGCCAGGCUGCUCCUGGGGAUGUUGAUUCUCGAAUUGUAAAUGGAACCGACACAGAUAUUAAGGAUCAUCCAUAUAUGAUAUCUCUUCAACUGGAUGGAUCCCAUUGGUGUGGAGGUUCAAUUAUCGACAAAUACAAUAUUUUAACAGCUGCCCACUGCUUUGAAGAUAUGGACAUACAUACUAAAUUGAACAUUUCACGUUUUACGGUACUAGCUGGAACCACUAGUAUCACAAAAAAUGACAGAUGGUUAAUGUCGGUCGAGAGGGCUUUCAUACACGAAAGUUUCAUUGACGAUAUGCCAUUCAGUAAUGAUAUCGCGCUUGUUCACCUUGCGGAGCCACUUGAAUUUAAUGAAAAUGUGCAACCGAUCCAGUUGCCUAAGGCUUUCGAACCUAUACCAGAGCUUUCUACUGCUGUUCUAACAGGAUGGGGAUUGAAUAGUAGUACAAAUGGUGAUCUGCAGGAAACUCUUCAAGAAGUAAAUAUUACCGUUUAUUCGGAUUCACAAUGCGAGAUAUUACAUGCAGAAACAGGCCCAACCAGUCGCAUAACUCACGUUUGUGCAGGUAUACCUGAAGGAGGCAAAGGACAGUGCAGUGGUGAUUCUGGAGGUCCUCUAGUAUUUGAUGGUACUCAAAUUGGAAUUGUUUCUUGGUCAAUAAAGCCAUGUGCACGAGAAGGAUAUCCAGGGGUCUUCACCAAAGUGUCCACAUACAUAGAUUUUCUAAAUUGCAAUUUAAAGAGAGAAUAGAACCGUUCUGAAUAUAUUGAAUUACUUUUGACGA